AUGUCAGAUGAGCAGUGCGUUAUCAUAGACAAUGGGUCCGGUACCAUCAAAGUCGGCCUUACCGGGAGCUCAACUCCCUCCUUUGCGAUACCGUCGGUCAUCGGAACGCCCAGAGCAAAGUUCAAGGAGAAGAUGGAAGACGAAUACUACGGAGACGAAGCGAUAGAUAACAUUGACUUUCUAUCGUUGGAGUAUCCAAUUGACCACGGACACAUUUCAGACUUUGACGCCAUGGAAAAGCUCUGGGAUUACAGCUUCAAAAGGCUAGGCAUACAUUCAGACUGCAGACCUGCACUCCUGACGGAACCGCCGUUUUGUUCCCCAAACCAUCGCAUAAAGAUGGCUGAGAUAUUCUUUGAAAAGUUCAAUGUGGAUGAUUUGAACAUCUCAGUCUCUGGAUUGUUGGCCAUGUACGGUCUAGGCAGACUAACUGGCACCAUUUUAGACAUUGGCGAGGGUGUUACGCAGUGUCUACCAGUUAUAGAAGGCUACAUUGAAAAGGGAAGUAUCCAACGUGUGGAUUUUGGAGGUCUGGAGUUGACCAUGUACCUCCAAAAGAUGUUGUGUGAAAGAGGUUACUAUCUUACAUCUAGAGCUGACUUUGAGCUGGUACGUAAAAUUAAGGAAGAGCAUUGUUUCUGCUCGCUGGAUCCCUACAAGGAUGAAAACAGGAGUGAUUUGCACAGCAGAUACACUCUACCAGAUGGAAGCGUUCUCAGGGAUGGCGAAACUAAUGAGAUUGAGCUUACUCUUGAAAAGUUUUAUGUGUGCGAAGCGUUGUUUAAUCCAACAAUUGUACAUAGCGACGCCCCAAGUAUUGUAAAGACCGUUUGGAAUGCAAUAACAAAUUCACCGAUUCAACAACGCACCACUCUGACUGAUAACAUCUUCAUAUCCGGAGGGUCGUCGCUCUUUGAGAAUAUAGACAAGCGUCUAGAAAUGGAACUGAGAGAUAUCGCGCCACCUGGAGGAAGGAGCAAAAUUAAAGUCACUGCACCACCUGAUCGUCACACUCUCUCCUGGAAAGGAGGCUCCAUUCUAUCGGAACCAAACCUUAAAGAUAUUAGCAGUUCCAAGUGGAUAAGCAAAAUGGACUGGGAAGAAUCUGGAGCAGAAAUUGUGCUCCAAAAAUCUGGAUUCGACUAGGUAACUUCUCGUUUGGGAAAUUCAUGAUGUGCAAUGGAUGAAGUAGAAAAUGUAAUCACAGGAAUGCAAUGUACAUGGCAGCUGGAGCAGGCAUUGCUCUGAACGUAUAGAAAAUUGUCGGUAAAUCGUAAUGUACUC